AUGGCCUUAGCGGCUAGCAAUCGACCGUCUCUUGUACGGGCACAAGAUUUGUCUCCAGAUCAAGAGCACCAAGUUGAAGAGUGGGUUGCUAAGGAGCGGCGCUCUGGCGCCCUAGUAGGCAGAAAGUUGCUCAGAUGGUACAUUCAGCGCCUUACGCAGAUGCCCGACGACAAUUUAGAACCAGGCGUGGUCGACAACUUUCUCCGCCGCCAUCCAGAAAUCGCUAAAAUGUUUACUCCCUUACCGCAGCCUAGCCCUAAGAAAGCGCAGGCGGACAAGCCCCUCACUGGCGACAAUCGUUUGAGGGGCCUUGCAUUUUUAAAGGAGCAGAGGAGGCAGGAUGCCAGGAAGGCACUGUAUGGUGACUCGCCGCCGCCGCCACGACAGCCAGCGCCGUACCCCGAGGGCGAGAUCAUAUACCACUGCCACAAUCGCUAUGUCGUGCGGCAUGGCGACUUGAUUACGAAAUACACAAUCAGCCGCGAUGGCAUGGGCUCAGGCGACCAUCCAAACGAGGCGCUUGCCCUACGCUUUGUCAAGGAGCAUACCACUAUUCCAGUUCCGGACGUCAUUAGCAGCGAUUGGGAUCGUAUAACCAUGUCGUUUGUUGAGGGGCAGACUUUACAACAGGCUUGGCCUGUUCUGACACAAGAUGAGCGCUCAGCCAUCUUGCGAGACCUCAAAGAGUACAUCACACAGCUCCGUGCCAUUUCCGGCAAUCAUGUUGGCCGGCUUGACGGUCAGGGAGCUGUGGUUCCAAGCAUUCUGACGCGUUCGGGAGGGCCAUUUGCGACGCAAGGCGAGUUUCAUCAUUGGCUUGUUCGGCCGUCGAAGCGCGUAAACUCGCAGAGCAUGUACUGGCACCAAAUAACAAUGCAGCUCAGCAACGAUUGUCCCAUUGUGUUUACGCAUGGCGACAUUGCUGCAAGGAAUAUAAUGGUACGAAAUGGGCACAUUGUUGCGCUUUUGGACUGGGAGUUUGCGGGUUGGUAUCCCGAGUAUUGGGAGUAUGUGUUUUCACUUCGUGGUUUGGACAAUAUUGAAUGGGAAACACUCGGCGAACAUGUCCCGUCUCUGUUUUCUACCCGCUAUGACUUGGAAUACAUUCUUAUCCAGUUUAUCUUAAGUCUCUCCUGA